AUAUAAAUCUCUUCAACGGUCGGAUUCUUCAAAACGGUAACUCAAAUCUCUCUCAAAUCUUCUUCUCUUCUCAUAAACAACAAAUCGUGAUCUUCUUCAUCCGGCGAAAGCUAUUCAGUUCAAUUUUCAGGUAAAGUUGCACUCAUAAUGUCUACUCCCUCAAAAGAUUCACUUUCACAAGUGGAAACAACAUGUGGAUCCCUUCUAUACGAACUUAAGAUUAUAUGGGAUGAAGUCGGUGAGGGGGAUGCUGAAAGAGAUAAGAUGCUGCUAGAGCUAGAACGCGAAUGUCUUGAAGUGUACAGAAGGAAAGUAGAUUUGGCAAAUAAGUGUAGAGCUCAAUUACGACAUGCGAUUGCUGAUUCGGAAGCAGAAUUAGCAGCCAUUUGUUCUGCUAUGGGCGAAAGACCUGUCCACAUUAGACAGUCUGAUCAAACCCCUAGAAGAAGCUUGAAGGCAGAACUGAGAGCUAUUCUUCCAGAACUCGAAGAGAUGAAAAAGAGAAAAUCGGAUAGAAGAAAUCAAUUUCUUGAAGUCUUGGAACAAAUACAGAAAAUAGAAAAAGAAAUUAAUGCAACUUCUUCCAACAUAGUAUUGGAUGAAACUGAUCUUUCUUUAAGAAAGCUUGAAGAACUUCAUACAAAGCUGCAAACACUUCAAAGGGAAAAGAGUGACCGUUUGAAGCAAGUUUUAGAGCAUUUGAAUUCCUUGAAUUCACUCUGUUUGGUGUUGGGUAUGGAUUUUAAGCAAACGGUUCAUGAAGUUCAUCCUAGUUUAUCUGAAACAGAAGCAACAAAAAGCAUCAGUAAUGAUACGAUUUUGAGGCUUGCGUCUGCCAUAGAAGGAUUACUGGAGGUUAAAAUACAGCGAAUGCAAAGAAUCCAAGAUCUUGCAACAUCUUUGAUAGAGCUGUGGAAUUUAAUGGAUACACCAGUUGAAGAACAACAAAUGUUUCAAAGUGUUACCUGUAAGAUAGCUGCUUCAGAGCAGGAAAUAACCGAGCCCAACAUGCUAUCUUUGGAAUUCAUAAACUAUGUUGAGGCAGAAGUGUCCAGGCUCGAAACUUUGAAGUCAAGCAAAAUGAAAGAACUUGUUUUCAAGAAGAGAUCAGAACUAGAAGAUAUAUGCAGGAAGACACAUAUACUUCCGGAGUCUGAUACGUCACUAGAAGUUGCUAUUGAAGCAAUCGAAUCCGGAGCUGUUGAUGCUGGUAGUCUUCUUGAACAAAUAGAGAUUUUAAUUGGAAAAGUGAAAGAGGAAGCGUUUAGUAGAAAAGAAAUAUUAGAAAAAGUGGAGAAAUGGAUGGGUGCAUGUGAAGAAGAAUGCUGGCUAGAGGAGUAUAACAGGGAUGAUAAUAGAUAUAAUGCCGGAAGAGGUGCUCAUCUUACUUUGAAGCGUGCAGAGAAAGCGCGUGCGUUGGUAAAUAAACUUCCAGGACUUGUGGAAGCUUUAGCUGUGAAAACGAUAACAUGGGAGAAUGAAAGAGGCGUUGAAUUUACUUAUGAUGGGGUUCGGCUUCUUACAAUGCUUGAAGACUAUAAAAUCUUAAGACAACAAAAGGAGGAGGAAAGAAAGAGACAGAGGGACCAGAAGAAACUUCAGGGACAGUUAAUGGCUGAACAGGAAGCACUUUUUGGAUCAAAACCGAGCCCGAUAAAGCCACAGAGUGCUAAAAAAGGAGGAAGAUUGUCAAUGGGUGGUGUAAGCAACAGAAGAUUAUCAUUGGGUGGGGCCCAUGCAACUCCAAAAUCGGAUGUUCAUUCUACAAGAGCUGCUGCUACUCCCAAUACCCGUCCUGCCAAAAAACUCGAUCGUCAGUUAAGUAACAAAGAUGACGGUUUCGGGUCUCAGCUCACUGGGAGGAGAGGUUUAGAAACAGCUGGAAACAAGAAACAUAAUCCGAAUGAGUUAGAACCGACAUUCCGGAAGCCAUUUUCACCUAUUUCAUCAAAGGUUAAAGUGACAGAAACUGACAUGAAACACGAAAUGUUGCAAAAAACAUUCCAAACCAACACGUCACCGUUUAUAACUCCUUCAAAACCGAAACCAACUACAACAGAGGAAGAAAACCGAAUUCCCCAGAAAAACAUAAUUCCAAUACUAGCCUUCACCCCUUGUGCUCAAAUGCAAACAACAAUGACACCUGUGAAAACAAUGGUUCAUGAAGAAGAGGUGGUUAUUGAAUACUCUUUUGAAGAACGAAGAGCUGGUUUCGUCCUUCCUAGAUCACACUUGAAAACAAUGGUUUGAAUUUGAUGUUUUGUCCAAGGUCAAUUGCAAUUUGGCUGGCAACACGGGAGUGUUGAGUUGAGUGAGCAAUGGCUUUGUUUGCUCUUUAAUAUGUUGAAUAUUGUUAGAUGGUUCAAAUUUGUGUGCUUUAUGCAAAAUAUAUGUACUUCUUUUUUUGUUAAGAAUCAUGAUUCCGGUAA